AUGACAAUUAAGGUGAAGCGUGCGACGACAAUGGCUCGGCAGCAUCCAGGCAUCACUUUCGUUCACCCUCACGACCCUUCCACCCCACCGAAGCGGAAGUCAAACCCAAAAUGGCUACGACGGCAUGUCAUGUUGGCUCACCUUUCCAAAUGUGCUGGGCCUGCGGAGAACAAAACUUGUGCGCAACAUCUCAAGGACACGCAAAGUAUCACAAGUACCAAUGGGGAUGAUUCCAAAGCCUUAGAGCUUCUACUUCGGCCCAACUCUUUAGCCAGGUCUCCGGCACUACCGUCUUCUGGUCCUACCUACGCUUGCGGCGCAAUGUCCAUGUCAGAGACUGCAGUAUGGUUCUUCUGCAGCCAUCUCAGGGAGGCGCAAGCCCAUCUCUUCACAGCUGCGCACAAAACUUGGGUGGAGCAACUCUGGGACGCUGCACGGUACGACGCGCUGGUCUUGCGAUGCAUUUCUCUCUCGAUGCUGCUGAAGAGAGCGAAUCUGACUGGGCAGGCGGAGUGGGCAUCCUACUACAAGGAGAAGCAGAGUCUCUUGCGUGAUCUCAAGGCGGCCAUUGGUCGUCUGCACAAGUUGGGGUCCCAACCCCAGCAGUCUUUGGCUCUUGCUAUGGCGCUGCUCUCAGAGCUUGAAAGUCGAGAAUUGGGCGAUCUUCCUGCCGCUCGGAUCCAUCUCAAGGCUAUUUCAAACCUCUUUCCGAACCAUCGGCUGAGCCAUGCGGCAUGGAGAGUAGCUUCACGAGUCGACCUGCGACAGUCAUUGGUAUCCGGCGAGCGUCCGCUCAUGACCUACUAUAUUCCCGAGGGAUACAAAAAGAGGCUACGCAACAGCACCGAGUUCGCGGCCCAAGCAACAGCCCUCAGUCUCGAGAACUGCCGGGCACUUCCUGAAUCCCGUCUACUUGACAACGGUAGAAGCUUUGAGCUGCUCCGGAACCUCCAUCAGAUCUGUCUUCCAUGGGACGUCAUGAUCGCGGACUCGGAAGUCCCUCUUGGCCAUGUGUAUGACCUGGCAUAUCGCCUGCGAUUGCUGCACGCAGACGCAUCUGCUAACAUCGCCACGGACAACGAGCUGGUCGUAAAGGUGGUAUCCCUAACAUUGCAGCUUCAUUCCUGGAUCAUAUCUAGGUACUGGACAGUCCAGGUGCGCAAUCUUCAUGCAUCGACAUUGAAACGCGCAUUGGAUCCACUUCCAUCCAACCUGCUCGAAAUCUGGCUGGAUCAGGGCGGCGAGUAUUCCUCACUUCUCUGGGUCCUCUUUUCGUUUUCUGCCGCGAAGCUCGACAUGGACCCUUCCGGCAAGCCCAAUCUGCUGCCUAUUCUGCUGGCCAAAACAUGCCAGAAGCUCGGCAUCAAUAGCAUCCAGGAAUUCGAGGCAAAGCUCAAGCGGUGGCCAUGGCUGGACAGCUGGCACGGUCCACGGAUGGAACUGGUGUGGGCUGAAAUGAACGAUCCUGCUGAGGUGCCUCCGUUGUCCGCCAAAGCUUCCGAAAUCUUGAAGGCUAUCCAAGAUCCAAAACACCUGGAAAAACGCUGGUUUCUGGGAAGUCAGGAGUUCUACAGCAGCUUAUAG